UUAUCAAUCAUUUAACAAACGACAGUCUUAAUAAUGUCUGCAGUUUAUUAUAAUAUUAUUAUCGCCAUUCGGUCGAACUAAACCGACCCGAACUAAUCGUUAUUGUGAUUUUUUUUGUCAAUGGUUCCUUCUUUAUAUUUUCUCUAAAAUAUUCACUGCAUUCGGCUACCCAAGUUUUCACCGUAUGAUUUACAAGUCGUCUCGUGAACAUUUUUUAUUAAAACUGUUGCAGUUUAAUAAUUUAGGAUGGACGAUUCUGUGGAGAGCGUGUCAGAAGCCGAGACGUUAAUACGCAAAAUAUGUUCGACUUACGAAUUGCAACCAAAAUUUGAAUUCUGCCAAAACGAGUUCAAUAGUGAUUACUAUCAAAUUGCCAAACUAACUAUACCAGAAAUUUGUUUUGUCGGUAUUGGUAUUGGUAACACUUUAUCGGAUGCUAAAAUAAAUUCAUGCUUAGACUUCAUUAAAUAUUUAAACAACACGAUUGAACCAAAUUGUAAUAAGUUAUUAGAAAGUAAUAUAUGUCUUUCUGACGAAUACAUAAAAUUGAAAGGUUACUAUUCUUAUUAUAAAUUAUCAAAAGACAUAUCAAUUGACAAUCAGUAUCUACUAUCAUUAUUGAGGUUGAGCGAACAGGAAGAUUUUGUACUUCGAGACACAACUGACUGUUUUGAUGAUACGGCUCACUCAAACGGCAACUGGACAACAAGAAACGCCAAAAAACAACUCGAGUGGUUCAUGUCGUCAAAUGAAAUUAACUGCAAUUACAAAUACUAUGUUAUUGGAUAUAAGUGUUACGUGGCUGAACUGACGUUGUUUAUUACACACCUUAAUACGUAUGUAACUGGCUGGCAACCGGAUAAAAGUACCAAAAAAGCCACUAAAAGGUGCGCCCUAUCGGUGGUUCGGCAACUUUACCAUUUAGGUGUUAUAAAAGACUAUGACGACAAAAUAAAAUACGCCGAUUUUGAGAUUGAUUACGAAGUCAAAGUCAAUAAAGAACUUGUCGACCGUUUGGAGGCUGUACUUGAAGAGCUGAAUAUUAAACCUAUUGAGGUAGACGAAAAUUGUGACAAUUCAAUAUCUUUAAUACCAAAUUUAGAACGUGCAAAAUUUAAAGAGCUCAUACCGCCAAACGCAACUGGUUUUAUACCUUGGUCGCCUAUUGAAUUGGGUUUCAAUUGCUGGUCCGGAACUGUUAAUAGGCACGGAGUGUACAUUAGAACUACCCUGGAUGAUAUUAGUGUGCAGCUGGCUAAGGAAUAUGAAGCUAAGCUGAAUUGUCCUGAUACAAAAAAUGAUAUUGCCAGAAGUAUGGCUCAUCGCAGUAAGUUACCGGUGUACUCGAAAAAAACCGAAAUUCUCGAAGCGAUCAGAAAUAAUUCUGUAGUCAUAAUCCAAGGAGGAACGGGUUGUGGAAAAACUACGCAGGUUUGCCAGUAUAUACUCGAUGAUUAUGUGACCAAAAAGAAAGGAGCGUAUUGCAACAUUAUUUGCACGCAACCUAGAAGAUUAUCUUCUAUUUCUGUGGCCGAAAGAGUUGCCGAAGAACGAUUAGAAUGUUUAGGAGAGAGUGUUGGUUAUUCCAUUAGAUUUGAUUCAAUCAUUCCACGACAUUACGGUUCAAUUUUAUUCUGCACUGAUGGUAUUAUGAUGCUCAAAAUGGAAUCUGGUUUGCACGGAAUAUCCCAUAUAAUAGUGGAUGAAGUUCAUGAACGACAUACCCAUACGGAUUUUUUUAUGAUCGUGCUGAAGGAUAUGGUCAACAUGUAUCCAGAACUCAGGGUUAUUUUGAUGUCGGCCACUUUGGAUAUCAAAUUAUUCAGCAGUUAUUUUAACGACUGUCCAGUUAUUGAAGUUGAAGGAACAUGUCAUCCUGUAGAAGAAUAUUUCCUGGAAGACAUUGUUAAAAAGAUAGAUUUUCAACCGAAAACUACCAAAAGGAUAAGGGAAAAAAUUAAAAACCAAGAAGACAACUGCAAUGUGUUAGUGUCCGAAGAUUAUCCUGCAGAAGUAAGAGAAAGAGUAGCAAUGAUUAGUGAAUACGAUAAUCAUUUCGAACUUGUAGAAACAUUAAUCAAAUUCAUUGUGACAAACGAAGAAAUGUGUAACAUACCUGGUGCAAUUCUUAUAUUUUUACCGGGAAUAGAACUAAUCAACGGAUUGUAUAAACGCUUAAUGAAAAAUCCUUAUUUCGAAAAUUGCGAAGAAUUCCGCAUUUUGUCACUUCACGCAAACCUUCGUACCAGUGAACAGCGAAAAGUGUUUGAACCUGUUGGACCCGGUGUACGAAAGGUUAUUUUGGCAACAAAUAUUGCCGAGACUUCAAUAACUAUAGAAGACGUAGUGUUUGUCAUUGACUAUGGAAAAAGAAGGUUGAAUUUGUUUACUGCUCACAACAAUACAAGUGAAUACGCUACCUUUUGGGAAUCUAAAGCUAACCGAAAGCAACGGAUGGGCCGUGCCGGCCGCGUCAGACCGGGAUAUUGUUUUCUUCUGUGUACAAAGGAACGUUACUACAGAAUGGAUGAUCAUUUAGAACCGCCCAUUUUGUGGAAACCUUUGCACGAAAUUGCGUUGAAAAUUAAAUUGUUGCGACUAGGCGAUAUCAAAUCGUUUUUCAACAAAGCGCUGCAACCUCCCGCCGAAGACACUAUAAAUCAGGCUAUACGUAUGUUACAAGAAUUGGAGUGCAUCGGAGAAAAUUUGGAACUCACUUGGCUCGGGUUAAUCGCAGCAAAAUUACCAAUAGAGGCGCGGUAUACCCGGAUGAUAGUGUUGGGAUCAUUUUUCAAUCUAGGCGAGCCUUUAGCACUAAUAGCUGCGACCCAUGCGGAUCAAUCUGAUUUUUUCAAUCGAGGUAAAAACCUGGAACUAGUCAAACGUAAAUUUUCUGGAAAUCGUUGUUCGGCACAAGUAGCUAUUUUGAACAUAUAUUACCAAUGGGAAUAUAAGAAUAAAAAUCAAUUAUCUGACUGGAAUUUUGUAGAAGUGAACAUGUUAAACUACACUUCGAUGGUUGUCACGCGAAGAAUUAAGGAGAGUUUGAUUAGUAAAAUGUCCAGAAUGGAAUUUCCUCGUGACUGCAUGAGUUAUGUAGAUUUUGAUUAUGACAAAACAAAAGGCGUUGACGAUUCAAAAUUGGAUUUACUAUCGGCAAUUUUAACUGUUGGGUUUUAUCCCAAUAUCGGCUACCAUUUAACUAGUAACAAAAUGUUAACUGAAGGUAAAGAAAUUGCUUACAUUAAAAAGGGAUCUAUAAAUUGUCAAGAAGACAAGGAAGAUCAAUUUGCAUCGCCGUUCUUCGUUUUCGCCGAAAGGAUUCGUUCCCAUCAGUUACAAUGUGUUCAAACUAGUAUGGUCACGCCGAUACAUUUGUUGUUAUUUGGUGCACGUACAAUUGAAUACUACAACGGUCGGGUGAUCAUAGAUAGCUGGAUUAAAUUAAAAAUGGACGUUAAAACUGCUGCUGCUAUCGUAGCAUUGCGUCUAGCCAUCAAAGAGAUAAUGGUACAAAUUACCGAAAAUCCUAGAUGUGUCUUAUUUCGAUCAAACACCGACCAACGCCUCAUACAAAUAUUGGUUGACCUUUGUAAUUUCAAUGCCGGAAGAUGCGGUCUUCCUGCAAUUGAAUUUGACAAGAAGUGCAACAAUUACGUCGGUUGUAACGAGCAAAAAAAGAGCGAAACUAACACCAACAAUAUUAUAUUAGGUUAAACGAAAAAAUAAAUGAAGCAAAGACUAAUAUUUUUUUCCCAAUAUUUUACUAAAACCGUUUUUUAUUUUAUAAUCAGUAUUUCGUUUUUUUCAUUCCAUGUUAUAUUUUAUUUAUGUUUGUGUUCCUAAUGAUAGUUUUCAAAA